GUGUUCUCAAAGGGGAACCAGCAGCUGCCACAAAUACGAAGGAAUGCGAGGAAAAUUUCUCUUUCACGGCGCCAGGAGGGAAGAGACCCCGACCAGCCAUGCGGCCACAAGCCGGCCGCUGUGGUGGCCCCGUGUCACCGGGUUUGGUGGCCGCUGUCCAGCUGUGAUCCCCAGGGAGGAGCGGCCAGCCCAGCGCGACCUCCUCUGCCCCGGGCAGUGCCAGCCUGCAGUGACAGCACCGCUGGGGAACUGCGCUGGCAUCGGCCACAGCUCGCCCCGUGUGAAGCUGGAACCAAGUUCUGACAAGAUGUGCGGUGCGAAAAGUAAACCGUUAGCGUUUGCUGGAGUGCUUCUCGGCUGCCUAGAAAUGAUAUUUUCAGCAAACACAGCUCCAGAUAUACCUGUUAUUGACCAAGCUUAUUCAAAACUUAGCAACAGUAUCACAGUGGAAUGGAGAGCAGUACCUGGGGCUACUAAUUACAUGCUGACUGCACAAGAUGGAGAUUCCUUUGUUGAAACUAUAGUGAAAAAUUCUCCAGGCACAGUGACAGGACUGAAGCCUGGCACCUUGUACCGAAUCACUGUCAGAUCUAUCAAUUCAGGAGGAAAAAGCCAGCCUUCACCUUUCAGAAAAGUAAAAACAGUCCUGGCUGCUCCGAUUCUGUCUGUUCAUUCUCCGAAGAGUGACUCCAUUGCAGUGAGCUGGAAAGCUGUGCAUAUGGCAGCUGGGUUCUCUGUGUCACUCAUGAGAUCAGAUGGUUUGGGCAGAGUGCUGAAGCAGAACACCACCAAUACCUCCUUGAUAUUUACAAAUCUAGAUCCAGGAACUCAGUAUACUGUCAAGGCUUAUGCCUGGAAUGCCAAUGGAAUGCCUGGAGAUGAUUUCACAUAUAACCAAAGAACAAGUCCUAAUGCACCAGUGGAUGUUAAAGUAGCUUUCAAUAGUGGUGCUUUAAGAGCUGUUGUCUCUUGGAUGCCAACAGAAGGAGCUCUAACUUACAGUGUCACAGUCUCCAGUGGACUCCUGAAACUGAGGUGUAACACAUCUUCUGCCUCCUGCAUGGUGCCAUCCCUCCAGUGCAGCUCUGAAUAUGAUGUGUCUGUCACAGCACACAAUGAUGCUGGAUCCAGUGAACCAACUGAUGCAGUGAGCUUAAAAACGAUUCCUUGUGCACCAGUAAACAUAUCAAUUGAGGAGGAUGAACCUGGUCACUUGUUGGUAUCAUGGUCUAGUGUCAGUUUGGGUCAUUAUUACGUGGUUUUUGUGAAGAGUGAUGAUGGCUUGGAAGAGCACUGCAACACAUCACGUACUCAAUGCCAUUUCCAGUCGGACUGUGGUUUCACUUAUUUCAUCAGUGUCUUUGCAUAUAACAAGGCAGGACAGAGUCCUUUAGGUGAUGUACUCAAUUACACUACUGCUCCUUGUUGCCCAGGUGACUUCAGGGCCGUGUUCGUAUCAAGCGACACGGUGCGGGUGACCUGGGCUCCCGUGCGAGGCGCUGACCUGUACGAGACCCGAGUGGCUGGCGGCAGCGGCGUGCUGCUCUGCAGGGACACGGCCACGGCCUGCAGCCUGUCGGCUCUGCAGUGCAGCACCUCCUACAACAUCACCGUGUACUCCUUCAGCGAGGCCCGCGGCAGCAGCGCCUCGUGUGCGCCUCACUACGUGGCAACAGCUCCCUGCAGUCCUGAAAUUAAAAAUAUCUCAAAGGAGGGUCUAUCUGUAAUCAGUGUGCAGUGGCAACCUAACAAUGAAGAAGCUAUGUACAUUGUCACUGCCAGAGGAGAGGCUGGACUUUGGCAUUGCACAAGCACCAGGAAUUCCUGUUCCCUAAUGGAUCUUCCCUGUGGAUCUGCUUUCUCUGUAAGUGCUAUAGCAAGAUCACCAGCAGGACAGAGCUUACCAAGCUACAGUAUCCCUUUAGAGACAGCUCCUUGUUGCCCUAAUGACCUGAUAUUAACUCAAGUGACACAGUCGGUAACCAAUAUCAGCUGGUCUGUUGGGAGGGGUGCACAGACAUAUGUAACAACACUGGAGUCUCCAAGAGGACAGGCAAAGUGUCACACACUUCAGACCUACUGUCUCCUGGGAUGUAUCACAUGUGGCACCAACUAUACAGUGUCUCUGAGAGCCAUCAGUGAGACGGGUUUGACAUCCAGCUGCACUUAUCAGGGAUAUUCUUCCAGUGCUUGCUGCCCUUCUGGGGUGAAGCUCUAUAGACUCAGCAACAACGGCAUCAGGGUCUUCUGGCGAGCUUCUGAUGAAACAAUGAACUACAAUGCUGAUUUACAUGGCUCAAAGGGCAAUUUCAGCUGUACCCCCAGCUCAGGUCUGAGUCACUGUGAUAUUACCAAGAUACCCUGUGGGGAUGUCUACACUGUGCUGGUGGCUCCAGUGACCAACAAGGGGCCAAAGCUCACAUUCUGUCCUAAGAAAAUAUAUUCAGUCACCUGUUCUGGAAGCUCUGUUGGAAUGGUUAUUUAUAGAGGAAAGAGCAAUGCAAAACACAUCUAGAUGAAAUUCUGGUUCAGAUAAGGAGUCUUUUAUCCCCUGAAGCUGGAAAGACACAUCUGUGCUUAAGUGCAACGUUCACAGCUGCCUGAGGACUGGGAGCAGGAAAGCUGAACACCCAGCCAUACCUGAAACCUAAUCCAUAAUCAUACUCCACAGUGGUCCCUUUUUGAGCCAACUUUGAAAGCAAAAUUUAAAGUCAAUGGUUCUACAAACACAUGUCAUUUAACAGAGUCUUUGGAAGCUCAUGUGUAUAAAGGUAUCCAAAGACAACAAGGUUUCUAGCACUAUUUUCAGCUUGUAAAAACAGACACUAUCCAUUCUGGAAAUUGCCUUUCUUCAGGGAACACAUGUUAAGUAUCUCAGCGAAUGCUUCUGAUCACUUGUGCAAAAUCUCAAGGGAGUGUCAGCUUCAGUAAAUUGCUUGUAGAUGGCCCAAGAUUUGUAUGCUGCUUCUUAAAACAUGAUCUGCAUUUAGUCAUGAUCAAACAAGUCUUUCUUUAGGAAACAUUAUUUAAAACUGCUCUUCAUUAGUUAAUAGAAAGUUGGUUUUAUUUCUCACUUAAUUAAUUAAAAAAAAUUAAACAGCGCUCUUUCUUGAGGGUUCUAUGUCAGUAUUUCUUCUUUGCAGACAUCAUUGCCAAACACUGUCACCAUAGUGUUCAGUGUUUAACUGGGUUUUUAGAGAUUUAAAGCAAUUGCUUUCUUUUGGAACCAAAUCCAA